AUGGCUCGCGACGAUAUGGGGCCUCCAGCCAAACGGCUGAAGAGCUCGACGCUCCCGCCAACAUUGCGCGACGCCAAGCGUAAAGACAUCGACAACUGGGAGACCAACCGCAUGCUCACAUCCGGUGUCGCGCAGCGACGUGACUUUGAUGGCGACUUUGGGGUCGACGACGAAGAGGCCACCCGAGUCCACUUGCUGGUCCACGAUCUUCGGCCACCGUUCCUCGAUGGCCGCACCAUCUUCACGAAACAGCUGGAGCCGAUCUCUGCUGUACGCGACCCACAGAGCGACAUGGCGGUCUUCAGUCGGAAGGGAAGUAAAGUGGUCAGGGAUCGCCGCCAGCAACGAGAGCGCCAGAAGCAGGCGCAAGAGUCGACUACGAUGAAGGGUACGGCCUUGGGAAACCUGAUGGGAGUGAAAGAAGAUGAAGGCGAUAGUGCUGUCGCCAUGCCGGUCGAGGAGGUCUACAAGGGAGGCAAGAGCGGGAAUAAAUUUGCUCAGCAUUUGAAAAAGGACGGAGGGGGUGCCAGCUCCUUCAGCAAAAGCAAAACCCUGCGGGAGCAGCGAGAAUAUCUUCCUGCCUUUGCCGUGCGCGAGGAUCUCUUGCGGGUCAUUCGGGACAACCAAGUUGUGGUGGUUGUAGGAGAAACUGGAUCCGGCAAGACAACGCAGUUGACACAGUUUCUGCACGAAGACGGUUACUCGAAGUUUGGCUUGAUCGGGUGCACGCAACCUCGCCGUGUGGCUGCUAUGAGUGUGGCGAAACGUGUGAGUGAAGAGAUGGAUGUGGAGCUUGGUGGGCCAGUCGGAUACGCGAUCCGUUUUGAGGAUUGUACAAGUGAUGAGACGGUGAUCAAGUAUAUGACCGACGGUGUCCUCCUACGAGAAUCUCUGACCCAGUCAGAUCUCGAUAAGUACUCUUGUAUAAUCAUGGACGAGGCACACGAACGAGCUUUGAACACCGACGUCUUGAUGGGUCUACUCAAGAAGGUUCUCGCUCGACGCCGGGACCUAAAGUUAAUCGUGACUUCAGCAACGAUGAACUCGGAGCGCUUUGCGCGCUUCUAUGGUGGUGCUCCAGAAUUCAUCAUCCCAGGCCGAACCUUCCCAGUUGAUCUUCACUUCUCACGCACACCUUGCGAGGAUUACGUGGACAGUGCAGUUAAGCAGGUCUUGGCCAUCCAUGUCUCUCAAGGCCCGGGAGAUAUUUUAGUCUUUAUGACCGGCCAGGAGGACAUCGAAGCAACAUGCGAGCUAGUUGACGAGCGGCUGAAGUUACUCAACGACCCGCCGAAGCUGAGCAUUUUGCCCAUAUAUAGUCAGAUGCCGGCAGAGCAGCAAGCCAAGAUUUUCGAAAGAGCCGCACCGGGAGUGCGCAAGGUCAUUGUGGCUACAAACAUUGCGGAGACUAGCUUGACGGUCGACGGAAUCAUGUUCGUUGUUGAUUCUGGUUACUCGAAGCUCAAGGUAUACAAUCCACGCAUGGGUAUGGAUACACUUCAAAUCACGCCAAUCUCUCAAGCCAACGCAAACCAACGCUCGGGACGAGCUGGACGAACUGGGCCAGGAAAAGCAUAUCGUCUGUACACCGAGACCGCAUACAAGAACGAGCUCUACAUCCAAACCAUUCCCGAGAUUCAGCGGACGAGUCUUUCCAAUACUGUCCUGCUCCUCAAGUCUUUGGGUGUCAAGGACCUUCUCGACUUCGAUUUCAUGGAUCCGCCACCACAAGAAACCAUUAGCACCUCACUGUUCGAACUGUGGUCGCUAGGCGCGCUGGAUAAUCUGGGAGACUUGACGCACCUAGGACGACGCAUGACCCCAUUCCCCAUGGACCCUCCCCUCGCCAAACUUCUCAUCAUGGCCGCGGAAGAGUACGAGUGCAGCGAGGAAAUGCUGACAAUCGUCUCGAUGCUGUCCGUGCCGAACGUUUUCUACCGCCCCAGAGAGCGACAAGAAGAGUCAGACGCGGCGCGCGAGAAAUUCUUCGUGCCGGAAUCCGACCACCUUACUCUGCUACAUGUUUACACGCAGUGGAAAGCAAACGGCUUUUCCGAUGGAUGGUGCGUCAAACACUUCUUGCAUGCAAAGACCCUCCGGCGCGCCAAGGAAGUUCGCGACCAGCUCCACGACAUCAUGACCGUCCAGAAGAUGCCGCUCAUCAGCUGCGGCACGGACUGGGAUUUCAUUCGGAAGUGUAUCUGCUCGGGCUUCUACCACCAAGCAGCGCGCGUAAAGGGCAUCGGCGAAUUCAUCAACCUCCGCACCAGCGUCACCAUGGCCCUGCACCCGACCAGCGCUCUGUAUGGCCUCGGGUACGUCCCAGAGUACGUGGUGUAUCACGAGUUGAUCCUGACUGCGAAGGAGUACAUGUCGACCGUGACGGCCGUAGACCCCCACUGGCUUGCCGAACUCGGCGGUGUGUUCUACUCUGUCAAGGAAAAAGGCUACUCGCAACGCGAACGCCGCGUUACCGAAUUGGAAUUCAAUAAACGCAUGGAAAUCGAAACCCAGAUGGCUGCGGACCGCGAGCGUGCCGCUGCUGAGAAAGAACGUGAAAAGAAACGCAACGAUCCCUCCCUCCGUCGGAGGGAGGUGGAAGUUGGCGGAGGCUCUGUUGUGCGAAAACCUUUGGUCAAGGGCUCUCGGAAACCCGGCUACCUUACUACUUCUUCCUCGUCAUCUUCCUCCCGGCCUGGUGGUGGAAACGGUGGUUCGGGAGGUGGAAGCGUUGUGAAGAAGCCGCAAAUACCUCGGAGACCCGGCCGCGCAUUUUGA